AUGAAGAAAGCUGGCACUGGCACCACUAUAAUCACAAUCACAAAAUUGGUGUGACCAGCUGCAAUAGCAGCUUAUUGAGCAGAAAUGAAGUCAUUCUCGUUCGUCCCGCUGCUUCUGAUCGCACUGCUGCUGCAUCAAUCAUCCUGUCUGCUUCAAGUUGAAGCAGAAAACCUGACGGCAGGAUCGACUCUGAGGCCUCCUCACUACAUCACCAGCCCGUCCGGCGACUUCGCCUUCGGCUUCCGCGCCCUCGGCUCCGGCCGCCCGGAUGGCUGGUUUCUCCUCGCCGUUUGGUUCAACGACGCCGUACAGGAGAAGGCGGUGGUAUGGUACGCGAGGGACCCGGGCUCCGGGUCGGCGGUGACGGCCACGGCGCAGUCUGUGUUCAGCGUCACCCUCGCCGGCCAGCUGUCGCUCGCCGACACCGCCGGCAGCAACGUCUGGACGAACGCGAACCCGGGCCAGCAGUACGGCUCCGUGCUCGUGCUGCUCGACUCUGGCAACCUCCAGUUCCUCGCCGCCGGUGGCCGCGCCGUGGUGUGGGAGAGCUUCAGGGACCCGGCCGACACGCUCCUCCCUGGCCAGUCCAUGGCCACCGGAGCCGGAGCUACGCUUGUGUCCAAGCGCUCCGAUGCCGACUUCUCGGCUGGCCGCUUCAGCCUGUACGUGCAGGCCGACGGCAACGUCGUCCUGUACCUCAACCUCGCCGCCGGCAACGUCGACCCGUACAACGCGUACUGGGCGACCGGCACCAACCAGCCCGGCAACACCCAGGACGGCAACACCACUCUCUUCUUCGCCUCGCCGGGGCGCGUCUAUUACCAGGUCAAGGACGGGACGGUGCACGACCUGACAACUCCCAUGGCGAAGGCGAACUACUACCAGCGCGCGACGCUCGACCCGGACGGCGUCGUCCGCGUGUACGUCCGGCGAAGGAGCCCGACGAGCUCCACUUCCACCACCACCGCCAACGCGUCGUGGGCCGUCGCCGGCAUGUUCCCCGGCGACGGCUGUAGCAUGGGGACCCGUGGCCUGGACGGUUUCUGCGGCCCCAACUCGUACUGCGUCGUGUCCGACGACGGCCGGCUCGACUGUGCGUGCCCGAGCGGAUACUCCUUCGUCGACGCGCAGCUACGGUACCGCGGCUGCUCGCCGGCGUUCGCGCCGCCGAGGUGCGACUUCGUCGGGGACGAUGUCGCCAACCGCUCCGGCGAAUUCGUGAUCGCCAAGCUGCCCAACACCACCUGGACGGCCUCGCCGUACAAGGUAUACUCCUACACGGCGGAGGAGCAGUGCGGCGGCUUGUGCCUGAACGACUGCUUCUGCGUGGCGGCGCUGUUCGACGGAACCCGCUGCACCAAGAUGGCGUCCCUCACGGGCGCCGGACGGCAGGGGAGUAACGUCACGGGGAAGGCGCUGAUCAAGGUUCGGACGCGCAGUACCCCUCCGGCGGCGGCGGUGGCGCGGAGGAGGGCGCCACCGCUGCCGUACAUACUCCUCCUCGGUUUCUCGGCGUUUCUCCUGCUCGCCUCUACGACCAGCCUCGUGCUCCUGCACCGCCGCAUUAGAAGAAGAAGCUCCAGCGACCAUGACAUGGUGAUGAGACUCUUCACCAGGAAGGAGCUUUACGAUGCCACCAAUGGUUUCCAGAGGUUGCUAGGAAGAGGUGGCUUCGGCGAGGUCUACCAUGGCGUGGCGAAUUCGCUGCAUCUGCUGCACUCACCUGACACUGACAUCGCGGUGAAGAAGCUCAUCGUCUCCAACGAGUACACCGAGAGGGAGUUCGCGAACGAGGUGCAGUCCAUCGGGAGGAUCCACCACCGGAGCCUUGUCCGCAUGAUCGGCUACUGCAAGGAGCGGGAGCAGCGGAUGCUCGUCUUCGAGUUCAUGCCGGGGGGCUCGCUCCGGAGCUUCCUCUUCCACCAGCAGCCUCGACGACGGCCGCCGCCGCCGCCAUGGACCUGGCGCGCCGAGGCGGCGCUCGCCAUAGCUAAGGGCAUCGAGUACCUGCACGAAGGGUGCGCUUCGCCGAUCAUCCACUGCGACAUCAAGCCGGACAACAUACUGCUGGAUGACAAGAACAACCCAAAGAUAGCCGACUUCGGGAUCUCCAGGCUCCUCGGCGAUGAGCAGCUGCACACCACGGUGACCAACGUGAGGGGAACCAGAGGGUACAUCGCGCCCGAGUGGCUGCACGGCGACAGGCGCAUCGACACCAAGGUGGACGUGUACAGCUUCGGCGUCGUGCUGCUGGAGAUGAUUUGCUGCAGGAGAUGCCAGGACCCGAUCACCAGCCAGCUUCAUCAGGAUGACAAUGGCGAUUGCGAUGAUGACACCGUCACUCUGUUCGGGUGGGCAGCCGGGCUGGUCAGCCAUGGUAGGGUGGAGGUCCUCCUGCGCAGCGACGAUGAUGCGGCGGAGGAUCUGGAGAGAGUGGAGCGGUUCGCUCGUGUGGCUUUCUGGUGUAUCGUGCACAAUCCGUCGCUCCGGCCGACGAUCCAUCAAGUGGUGCAGAUGCUGGAGGGUGUGGUCGAGGUCCACGCGCCGCCUCAUCUUCCGAGCUAUACGGAUUCAUCGUCGUCCUCGUUCAUCCAUACGGAUUCACCUGCUCUCAGGCCAAGAGGCUCUUCUUGUCCAGUCGAACUCGAUUUGAUUUGAGGGCGUAAACUAAGCUAGUACUGGGAGGAAAAUGUGGUAACUCUCGAAUAUCUUCUCAGACUAUAAAUUUCGUAACAUAGGCUGUGUUAGAUCCAUAGUCUAAAGUUUUGGCGUGUCACAUCGAAUAUAUAGACACACAUUUAAAGUAUUAAAUGUAGACUAAUAACAAAAUUAAUUACAAAAUCCACUUGUAAACUGCGA